AUGACUUCAUAUGAAAACAUUGGUAGCUCCAAUCCAUCUGGCAGCAAUCAAUUUCCUUUGAUAGUAGAUGAAGAUAAUGCAACCCCAUCAUCACCUUUGUUGAAUAUGCCAAACGAUGUCCAAGCAGUCCAGCCUAGCAAUGAAAUAAUUCAAGAAGAGGGGAAGUACAAAUCAAUUGUUUGGAAUCAUUUUAAAAGAAAGAGAGUUGAUGAGAAAGACAAGGCUGAAUGCAAUUAUUGUAAGAAAUUGCUAGUAAGGGGAUCCAAUUAUGACACUAAACAUUUGCAUGACCACGUGAAAAUAUGUCCAAGGAGAAAGUUUCAAGACAUUAGGGAUAUGAAUCAAAAAAUUUUGGCGAGGGAUCAAAAUAAAGUGGAUUCAAUGGCGGGUGUGAAUGCUUAUAAUUUUGAUCAAAAUGUAUCAAGAAAUAAACUUACUCGUAUGAUCAUCUUGCAUGAGUAUCCCCUCUCUAUAGUUGACCACAUUGGUUUUAGAAAAUAUUCAACUUCUCUUCAACCAUUGUUCAGGAUGGUUUCUAGGAACACAAUCAAGAAGGACAUUUUGAGCAUCUAUGAGAAAGAAAGGGAGAAAUCAAAGCAUGAAAUUGAUAAGAAUCAGGGUAGAAUUUCUAUUACCACUGAUAUGUGGACUUCACAAAACAAAAAGCGAGGGUUUAUGGUUGUAACAGCACACUUCAUUGAUGGUUUGUGGAGAUUACAAAGCCGAGUUAUGAGGCUUAUUUAUGUGCCAUCUCCACAUAUGAAAGAAGUGCUUUCUAGUGUCCUUCUAGAUACUUUGUUGGAGUGGAAUAUUAAUAGGAAGUUAUCUACUGUGACUAUGGACAAUUGCAGUACCAAUGAUGCAGUUAUAAAAAUUAUCUUAAAUAAGCUUCAACGUGGUGCACUUAUUAUGCGUGGAUCAAUGUUGCAUAUGCGUUGUGCAGCACAUGUUCUUAAUUUGACUGUUCAGGAUGGUUUGGAUGUAAUUGGAUCAUGCAUUGAAAAGGUUCAAGAAAGUGUGGGAUUUUGGUCUGCAUCAACAAAGAGAAGGCAAAAGUUUGAAGAGACAGCUCGACAAGCACAUGUUGAAUGUACCAAAGAACUAGCCCUUGAUUGUAAGACUCGUUGGAACUCUACCUAUCUCAUGCUUUCUAUUGCUAUAAAGUAUCAAAAUGUCUUUUAUCGAUUGAACAUAUGUGAGUCAUCUUAUAAGUGCAUUCCAAUAGAGGAAGAAUGGGAGAUGGCAAGUAAUAUAUAUGAGAGAUUGGCAGUGUUUCACAAGGUUAUAGAGCUAUUUUCAGGUUCUUCAUCUACCAUAGAUGGAAUUGAAGAUAAAUUCCAAAAUAUCCUGGAUGAUUAUGAUGAUGAAGAAGAAAGUGGUGUCACAAUGAUGGAAGAAAGUGGAGAUUCUUUUUGA